UGCUCGUAACCGUAGUGUUUUGGAAACAAAGCGGGACCGGCAGGCGACUUUUUUUGCUCUGCUUCUAUCUAUUGUGUGUAAUUUCCUUCUUUUUUUGGCUUUUGAGGUGAAUAAUUGUCAUUUCUUAAUUUAAAGCAGUAAUUAAGGUUAAUAUGUCUAGCAAGAAGAAAUCUAAGCUUGAAGACAGUGACUCUGAUUCUGGACCAGAUGAUCGUACACCAGCAAAGAAAAAGCAAAAGGGCAGUGAUAAGGCUUCCUCGUCUGGUGGAAAUGAUGAAGAUUCGAACAUGUUUAAGCUCUCCAAAAUGAGAUAUGUCAACGUAAGAGAGUUUAGAGGGAAAAUUAUGGUAGAUAUUCGAGAGUAUUAUGAUUCAGAUGGAGAUCUUAAGCCAGGCAGAAAAGGCAUUUGUUUGAACAUGGAACAAUGGAAUGCAUUAAAAGAACAAAUAGAUAGCAUUGAUCAAGCUGUGAAAAGAUUUUAAAACCCUUCAUUAUUUUCUCUUCAAAACUUUUUGUAUGUUUCGUUAUUAUAAUCUUUUAAAAGAAUAAAAGUUUCUUUAAAUUCU